CCGCGCCGCCGCGCGGGCGCGCGGAGCGCGGGGCGCCCCUGCGGCAGGUCUUCGCCGCAGCCGCUGCUCGUCCCUGGGCCUCCGCAGUCUGGAUGCGGCGGCAUCGCCACGAUGGCGUGGCGGCUCCUGCUGCUCCUCGUGGCGGCCCGCGCGGCAGAGCCUUGGACGCGGGCGCCCGCGUCGGUCGCUGGCGCCGCGGGGAAGCUCGCGCAGCCCUCGGUGAGGCCGCCCGUGUACACCGUCGAUCUGGCGCUUCCCGCCGAGCAGCGGUGGGCGCACAUCGCGGAGGCCUACAGGUCGAAGGUGCCGGACAUCGUCGCGUACUUCGAGGCGGUGGUGCCCAGGUGGGCAAUGCCGCUAGUGGAGGCCGUCGGCGCCAGGAUGGGGGGCUACUUCCACCUGUACGGCGGGGAGAUGGCCGGCUUGGCAGAGGCCCUCGGAGCGAGUCCAGGGCUUAUUGUGCUGAUGAACCUCGUGUACCAGCUGGAAGGCCUCGGCUUGAACUGCUCCACGUGGAACGUUACGGGUCCGACGCGAAAGGACGACCCUGGCUGCGUGGACGUCGACCCUGGCCAGGAGUGGAGCUACUGCCACAGUGCUCACGCUGCGGGCGCCAUGCAGUCACACGAUGGUUUCACCUACCUGAGCCGUAAGCUUGACGAGGCGGAUGGCCCCGGGAUGUGCACAUCAAUCGUUGCGCAGGCCACUGACGGCACCAUCAUCCACGGUCGCAACCUCGACUGGAACUUGCCGGCGGUGAUGCGCUCGUUGGUGGUAGACGUCGAUUUCGUCAACACGAGCAAGAGCGCCGACACGCUCUUUCGAAUGACCACGGCCGUCGGCUUCGUCGGCGGCUUCAAUGGGAUGGCCUACCGCGGGCGGGGCGGCGAUGGCUGGUCGGUCACUAUCGACGCACGCGGCAAAGGCGGCAAGCCACUGGACAACCUGCUGCAGGCGUUGCGCGUGCACUCGCUGACGCCGUGCCAGCACCUGCGCCAUGUUCUUGAGAGGACGAGCGACUUCGAGCAAGGCAUCUCGGCGCUCAGCACCACGCCGCUGAUCGACGAGAUGUACUACAUUGUCGCUGGCACCAAGGCGGCGGAGGGCGCGGUCGUGACGCGGGGCCGCGAGAAGGCAGUCGACGUGUGGCGGCUCAAUCCGAGCGAACCAGACGGCUGGUUCCGCCUGCAGACCAACUACGACCAUUGGAAUCCCGUGCCUGCGGCAGACGACCGGCGGAACCCCGGCAUUGCGAUGAUGAAGGCCACGGGCCAGGCGGGGCUCAGCACCGCGUCGAUGUGGCACGUCAUCACGUCCUUCCCCGUGUUCAACCACCACACGGACAUCUCCCUCAUCGCCAUGCCGCAGAAGCAGAUCUUCAACGUGACUGUCUGGAUGGGCGGCGAGCAUUGAGAUCCUGCGGCCCCCUUGCGGGGCGAGCGCCGUGCGGCGGGCGUGUCCGCGCUCAGAGGCUGCCGAUCAUCAGGCCUCUCGCAGCGGCACGGCGCGCUGUCGCCCCUCCGUUCGGGGCUGCAGCACCUGGAGGGCAGGCGUCAAGCGCGAGAGGGCAGCGCUCACCAGUUCUGUCUUGCACCGGACAUCGCGAACGGCCUCGCCGCUUCCGCGUGUACUUGUGCACAGGCAAUCGCUGUAUGUGUGCCAUGUUUGGUCGGCGCGUCGAUGGGCCUUCCUCGGCAGAGUCGCGCCCGCGGGUGGCGGCCACCCCGUGCGCGGCUCUGUUCCCAGGCCUGGCAGCGUGGAGCUCCUGGGCCUGCCUGCGCUUCGCCGGCGCGGCCGCCCCAGACAGGAAUGGGCGCGCGAGGUGCGCAAACACGUUGGGCAGAGGAGGAG